CUCAGCCACACGCACACACACUCAUUCACUCACACACACGCUGACACACACGCGCGCACUCUGACACACACCCUCUCCUCUCGCUCAGCCACACGGAGGUUUAACCGUCUUAACGGAGGGCUUUGUUAAAGUGAGCAGGGAGCACAGCAGCAAGCAAGUCAAGACAUAAUGGAGGAGAACAUGGAGGAAGGACAGUCACAGAAAGGGUGCCUGGAGUGCUGCAUCAAAUGCCUGGGAGGCAUCCCGUACGCGUCGCUCAUCGCCACCAUCCUGCUGUACGCCGGCGUGGCCCUGUUCUGUGGCUGCGGACAUGAGGCCCUCUCAGGGACCGUCACCAUCCUGGAGAACUACUUCGAGAUGAUCAAAGGCCCCGUGGAGUCCCUGGAUGUGUUCACCAUGAUUGACAUCUUUAAGUAUGUGAUCUAUGGCGUGGCUGCUGCUUUCUUCGUGUAUGGAAUCCUGCUGAUGGUGGAGGGCUUCUUCACGACCGGCGCCAUCCGCGACCUGUACGGAGACUUCAAGAUCACCACCUGCGGACGUUGCGUCAGCGCCUGGUUCAUCAUGCUGACCUACAUCUUCAUGCUGGCCUGGCUGGGGGUGACAGCCUUCACCUCUCUGCCCGUCUUCAUGUACUUCAACAUCUGGACCAUCUGUCAGAACGCCACCAUCAACGAGGGACCGGCCAACCUGUGUCUGGACCUGCGCCAGUUUGGCCUUGUGACUCUUGUCGAUGAGAAGAAGGUGUGCACCAGCUCAGAUAAGUUUCUGAAGAUGUGUGAGUCGACUGAGCUGGACAUGACAUUCCACCUGUUCAUCUGUGCUCUCGCCGGGGCCGGCGCUGCAGUCAUCGCAAUGGUCCACUACCUAAUGGUGCUGUCCGCUAACUGGGCUUACGUGAAGGACGCCUGCCGGAUGCAGAAGUACGAGGACAUCAAGUCCAAGGAGGAGCAGGAACUGCACGACAUCCAUUCGACUCGCUCUAAAGAACGGCUGAACGCCUACACAUAAAGCACAUACUGACACGUACAAAAGACAUGCACACAAACACACAUACACACGCACACACACACACACGCACGCACGCAUGCCCCCCCUUUCCUAAACACACACAUGGACACAGAAAGACACACAUACAUAGACAUCUGCACUUGCUAUAGUCUCUGAUGUUAUUGUUUGCCUGGGUGAAUAGGGGUGGUGUGGGUGGGGCGGGUGAAUGUCUCUCACUUACUUCAGCGCUUACGGGUGUGACAGAGAAUGUUGGUCUCGGAGGUGGUCCAGCGCUUCCUCCGCGGCUACCUGUCUGUCUGGUCUCGGAGGUCGUCGAGUGCUUCCUUCCGUGGCUACCUGUCUGACUGCCCUUCACUUACGUAUAUCGGGGAUUUGAGAUUUGCAAUUUUUUGUUUUUCUAUUUCUUCUAUGUCUUAUACCAAGUCUUUCUUGUGGUUCUCCUUACGAUUUACUCCUUUUCUCUACCUCCCAUUCAUUUUUUGUUCUCUCCAUACCAGAGACGGCACACCUCUCCUGAAAGCACACAAAGUGAGUGGGUCACUUUCAUUAGGUCAUGGCUUACGUUCACACCAAUCUAAAGUCCAUACAGUUUCCACUUCAUUUCAACUUUGGUUAAAAAACUGACAAGUUAAUGUGACACCACUUUUUUUGGACUUUUUCUUGGGACUGAUUUUCGAGGGUCCUCAAACACAUUUCAAAACAGGGGCUCCACUCCUUGCUACAUUCACACAUUUCCCCCCCUCUUUUUUUUCUUUUUUCGUGACUUACUAGACCAAAAUGUGACCAAACUUGUAUGAUUUACAGGUAGAAUUGCAUACGCUUCCGAAAGGUAAGCACCAACAGUAUAAACAAUGUACAGAUUCUUUUCCAGCAAAUUCUUUAUUGGUUGGGAGUGCCAGGGAUUUUAAAAAAAGUACCGUAAAGUGACUUUUUUCAUACUGCUAUACUGUAGCUUGGCCUAACUGUCAGAACUAUGCGCUAGCUGUUAAGUGUUAACUGAAGCUGUGGUGCUUUGAUUGAUGCUUUGUCAAUGACAGUGUUUGAUAGACUGUGAAGUGGAUUAUCGCUUUACUGGUUAGUCAUCAGGAAGGUGAGCGUGUUGGCGAUGCUGAAGAAGUCAGAUGAAAGAAAUGGGGGAGCUAUGAUGUACUGGAAAGUCUGAUAGAUUGGCCUUUUAGGAUUUGCCUUGGAUAGACUCUGUAGAUACUCGUUUUUCUCAUCCAUUGCAAGCCAUACUCACGUGCAAAUAACAUUUUUAUUAUGGUAUUUUUAUUUCUACGUUUUAGCUGAACUUUUUUAACAUUAGAAAUAACCAGACAUAAACUAGUCACUGCUCUGCACUGUAUAUACAUAUCUAUAUAAAUAUAUACAUAUAUGUCAGAACACUUCAGGUCAUUUCAUAGGAGCUUAACACACACACACACACACACACACACACACACACGUCCCAGUGGUCAAAGUUGAGUGGUAAUCUUGUGAGUAUGUCCAUUUCAGAGUUAUAAGCUAACGAAAAGAGAGUAAACCUAGUGGCAAGCCGACAAAUCUACCAUCUGGUCCCUCUGGUGCUUUUGGGAAAACAUUCGGAUAUCACUGAACACUAAGUCUGACAUUGGUUAAAUUAUUGAGGACAUGUAAUUAAAUGUUAACAAUAAAAAACAAGUAAAAGUACAACUAAGAAGACAAGGAGAAAAGAAAACAGUAGAUAUUAUUCAUGGACCAUAGAGGACUAAACAUAACGUUUUGGCUCUGCCGUGCCGAUUCCAGUCUACUGCUCUAGGUUUGUAGGGCAGCAUCUCAUGAUAUUUUUGUCAGUGAAAUAAUAAAUGAAAAAAGACAAGAAAAAAGCUAGUUUCUUGUGCACUUAUUGACCAUUGUGAGCUCUUUCUUGGUGUAAGUGCAUUUGAAUUCAAAACUAAACACUAGUUCUAGUUAUGCAACAUUUGGUUUACAACCUGAAAAAUGUAUUAGGUGAAAGACUGUGUAUCUAGUUGUUAAUUGUGGCAUGGUUAUGCAUAUAAUGGUAAUAGUUUUAUUCAAAAGUACUUUUCCUUCUUACUUUCGGUUUUAAUUUCUACACUUUGACUGUCUUGCUGGGUCAACUGUUUUCUUAUAUGUGCAGUAUAAUGGCUCCUUCGAUAACAGUAUUAAAAGCUAAAUAUAUUAGGUUGUAGUGUUUGAUUUGUGUCCUUCUAUAGGUUGUAAUGAUUUUCAAACCAUGUCUUAAACUGAUACUUGUUAUGACGUUGCGCAUUCAGUAUUGAUAACCAGACAAUGCUUUCAGCUUCCUCCUCGUAUUAGUCUUUUGUACUAUCACUAAGAAUGCUUUGUAGCAGGCUGUAAAAUGACUCUGUUUUGUACAUAAGUGUGCCAACAGCUUGACAGUGGCUUUUUUUGAACAGUAGGAACAAAAAUUGCUUGCGUAAAUAAAUACACUUGUGUACUUGUUAAUAAUUAA